GAUGAUGCUCUGUGGGUCCGGGUGCGCUGCAACAGAACUGGCUCCAGAUCAGUGAGUAGUAGUGAUGACAUGUCUCAUGGUCAUGGGGCUGUGGGUCCGGGUGCGCUGCAACAGAACUGGCUCCAGAUCAGUGAGUAGUAGUGAUGACAUGUCUCAUGGUCAUGGGGCUGUGGGUCCGGGUGCGCUGCAACAGAACUGGCUCCAGAUCAGUGAGUAGUAGUGAUGACAUGUCUCAUGGUCAUGGGGCUGUGGGUCCGGGUGCGCUGCAACAGAACUGGCUCCAGAUCAGUGAGUAGUAGUGAUGACAUGUCUCAUGGUCAUGGGGCUGUGGGUCCGGGUGCGCUGCAACAGAACUGGCUCCAGAUCAGUGAGUAGUAGUGACGACAUGUCUCAUGGUCAUGGGGCUGUGGGUCCGGGUGCGCUGCAACAGAACUGGCUCCAGAUCAGUGAGUAGUAGUGAUGACAUGUCUCAUGGUCAUGGGGCUGUGGGUCCGGGUGCGCUGCAACAGAACUGGCUCCAGAUCAGUGAGUAGUAGUGAUGACAUGUCUCAUGGUCAUGGGGCUGUGGGUCCGGGUGCGCUGCAACAGAACUGGCUCCAGAUCAGUGAGUAGUAGUGACGACAUGUCUCAUGGUCAUGGGGCUGUGGGUCCGGGUGCGCUGCAACAGAACUGGCUCCAGAUCAGUGAGUAGUAGUGAUGACAUGUCUCAUGGUCAUGGGGCUGUGGGUCCGGGUGCGCUGCAACAGAACUGGCUCCAGAUCAGUGAGUAGUAGUGAUGACAUGUCUCAUGGUCAUGGGGCUGUGGGUCCGGGUGCGCUGCAACAGAACUGGCUCCAGAUCAGUGAGUAGUAGUGAUGACAUGUCUCAUGGUCAUGGGGCUGUGGGUCCGGGUGCGCUGCAACAGAACUGGCUCCAGAUCAGUGAGUAGUAGUGACGACAUGUCUCAUGGUCAUGGGGCUGUGGGUCAGGGUGCGCUGCAACAGAACUGGCUCCAGAUCAGUGAGUAGUAGUGAUGACAUGUCUCAUGGUCAUGGGGCUGUGGGUCCGGGUGCGCUGCAACAGAACUGGCUCCAGAUCAGUGAGUAGUAGUGAUGACAUGUCUCAUGGUCAUGGGGCUGUGGGUCCGGGUGCGCUGCAACAGAACUGGCUCCAGAUCAGUGAGUAGUAGUGAUGACAUGUCUCAUGGUCAUGGGGCUGUGGGUCCGGGUGCGCUGCAACAGAACUGGCUCCAGAUCAGUGAGUAGUAGUGAUGACAUGUCUCAUGGUCAUGGGGCUGUGGGUCCGGGUGCGCUGCAACAGAACUGGCUCCAGAUCAGUGAGUAGUAGUGAUGACAUGUCUCAUGGUCAUGGGGCUGUGGGUCCGGGUGCGCUGCAACAGAACUGGCUCCAGAUCAGUGAGUAGUAGUGAUGACAUGUCUCAUGGUCAUGGGGCUGUGGGUCCGGGUGCGCUGCAACAGAACUGGCUCCAGAUCAGUGAACGUGUCUGUUGAAGUUUUCAUUGAAAAUGUGAAUGAUAAUCCUCCAAACUUCGCUCAGAGUCAUUACGUUCUCCAGGUGAACGAGCUGACUCCUGUGAACACCAGUGUUGGUCGGAUAGAGGCCACAGACAUUGACUCUGAGCCACUGUACUAUCGUUUAGAGUCAGCCACGAACAGGUAUCUACGACUGGAGAAUGCCAACACCCCCAACAUACUGGUACAAAACAUCAUCGACUACGACUCCGUCCAAAAGAUCUCCCUGGUCUUACAUGUACAGGACACGUAUAACGUUUCUGAGUCCGGCGAGCCUUCGUUCACUGCCGUGGUGACCAUCACGGUUAACGUGAAGGACAUUGACAACCGUCCACCGUGGUUCCAGCCCUGUGUCAGAACCAACCUGGGGAUAGCCAAACUGUGUGUCAGCUCCGGCUACAGGGCAAAGGUCAACCUCACAGAGAAAGAGGACGGUGCCUUAUCUCUGGAGCCUGGUCCGUUAUACGCCAAGGAUGGAGACAGAAACAGGAGUGAGAUGAUCAACUACAGGAUAAUUAGAGGGAAUGAAGGCAGCAUCUUCCAGAUCGAUGAGGAGACGGGGAACAUCUCCAUGGCCAAAGCGGCAGACAUAGCAGGCCCAAUAACUCUCACUGUCCUGGCCUCCCAGGUUACCAACAGGGACCAGUUUGCGGUGACUCAGGUCACCAUCGAGGUGCUGAGGAAGAGCAGGAACCCUCCGCGGUUUGAGAAGGAGCGCUAUGAAGGUUACAUCUACAGUAACUCAGUCCCAGAGACCAUGAUCCUACGAGACAGAACCUCCAACAGACCCUUCAGGGUCAGGGCCAGAGACGAGGACUUUGCCACCGGUGUAAACCCAGACAUGAGAUAUGAGGUGCAGUACAGCAGUUAUGUCAACGUGACAAACGAAGGGUUUGUUCUUCUGAAGAGGAUUGUGAAGACAGAGUCCUUCGCUCUGCAGAUUCGUGCUAUGGACCUGUCUACAGGGGAGUUUGGUACAGCGGCCCUCUCUGUCCUGGUUAUACCAGCUGUGGCGGUUCCUUUGCCCUCGGGGGCAGGGUACCGGGCGGGGGACAUGGCUCUUCUGGGAUUGAUCAUGGCAGCCAUCUUGGUUCUCUGCUUCAUCGUGAUUGGUUUCCUGAUCUCCCGCCUGAAGAAAGGAGGCGCCAACCUGGAUAAGAUAACUGAGUGUCUGGCUCCAUGUCUGAAGAUGACAAGGCCCCAAGGGAGACCCAAGGACACCCUGCAGUACACCAACGAUGGCUACCAGGGUACCGAGGGUGAUGCCCUGCGCUGCAGACCCAGACGCCCAGAGCCGGUAGACAAGAGGGGCCGAGGUGCUACUGUCCCUGGGGACAGAGGCAGAGCCAUCCCCCUGGAGCGACGCCGGAGCGACCGCCACUGUGGCUUCUGCGGCCUGUACGCCAACCACAACGCCAAGCCCGGCCCGGCCUGCAGCCCUGCUAUGGGGGGUGGGAGAGGAGAAGGAGGAGACAAGGACGGGGUGAGGUCCAUCCUCGCCAAGGGGGGGAGGAAGGAAGGAGGGAAGUCAGUGUGGUUUAAGGAGAACGAGGAUGCGUCUGGGAUCGAGGUGGAGAUCAUCCCGGAUACUCUGGGUCAGGAGGAGGAGACUGAGGAGGAGGUGUUGGACAUGGAGGAGGUGGAGGAGGGAGACAGGAGCAUGUCUAGUCAGACAGAGAUCGAUGGUGGGCAUGGGGACCAGGAGAGCCGUGGAGAGUCUGAUUCAGCUGCUAAAGAGGAAAAAGAGAAGGAGGGUUGAGAGGAUAUCUGGGUGAAUUCAAUAGGGAGAUGAUAGCUAGGUUAUAUUCUAUAGGGAGAGUAUAUCUGGGUUAUAGUCUAUAGGGAGAGGAUAUCUGGGUUAUAUUCUAUAGGGAGAGGAUAUCUGGGUUAUAGUCUAUAGGGAUAUGAUAUCUGGGUUAUAUUCUAUAGGGAGAUGAUAUCUGGGUUAUAUCCAAUAGGGAUAUGAUAUCUGGGUUAUAUUCUAUAGGGAGAGGAUAUCUGGGUUAUAUUCUAUAGGGAGAGGAUAUCUGGGUUAUAUUCUAUAGGGAGAUGAUAUCUGGGUUAUAUCCAAUAGGGAUAUGAUAUCUGGGUUAUAUUCUAUAGGGAGAGGAUAUCUGGGUUAUAUUCUAUAGGGAGAGGAUAUCUGGGUUAUAUUCUAUAGGGAGAGGAUAUCUGGGUUAUAUUCAAUAGGGAGAGGAUAUCUGGGUUAUAUUCAAUAGGGAGAGGAUAUCUGGGUUAUAUUCAAUAGGGAGAGGAUAUCUGGGUUAUAUUCAAUAGGGAGAGGAUAUCUGGGUUAUAUUCAAUAGGGAGAGGAUAUCUGGGUUAUAUUCUAUAGGGAGAGGAUAUCUGGGUUAUAUUCUAUAAGGAGAUGAUAUCUGGGUUAUAUUCAAUAGGGAAAGGAUAUCUAGGUUAUAUUCUAUAAGGAGAGGAUAUCUGGGUUAUAUUCUACAGGGAGAUGAUAUCUGGGUUAUAUUCUAUAAGGAGAGGAUAUCUGGGUUAUAUUCUAUAGGGAGAGGAUAUCUGGGUUAUAUUCUAUAGGGAGAGGAUAUCUGGGUUAUAGUCUAUAGGGAGAGGAUAUCUGGGUUAUAUUCAAUAGGGAGAGGAUAUCUGGGUUAUAUUCAAUAGGGAGAGGAUAUCUGGGUUAUAUUCUAUAGGGAGAGGAUAUCUGGGUUAUAUUCUAUAGGGAGAUGAUAUCUGGGUUAUAUUCAAUAGGGAGAGGAUAUCUAGGUUAUAUUCUAUAAGGAGAGGAUAUCUGGGUUAUAUUCUACAGGGAGAUGAUAUCUGGGUUAUAUUCAAUAGGGAGAUGAUAUCUGGGUUAUAUUCUAUAGGGAGAGGGUAUCUAGGUUAAAGGCACAAAACAGAAGAAAACAGAGUAAAACAGGAAGGUGUCUGAAGAUGUACAGUACGAACUGCCCACUCUGAAGAACAUACCCCGGCCGUAAGAGAAAUGGAGUUUCCAUCAUCAUGGGAAAACCUGACUAUUAUACUAUGGACAUCCAGAGUGGGAUUCUGGAACAUGGACAUUAGUUCACACAGAUUGGAGGGAAUUACCCUUUUUGGAUAAGUGUGUGUCUACAUCAUGUGGCUUCCAUCGCAAUAUGGUGAGAGAUUCCUUUCAAUAUAUGGGGAGCUAUUCCUUUCAAUAUAUGGGGAGCUAUUCCUUUCAAUAUAUGGGGAGAUAUUCCUUUCAAUAUGUGGGGAGCUAUCCCUUUCAAUAUAUGGUGAGACAUUCCUUUCAAUAUAUGGGGAGCUAUUCCUUUCAAUAUAUGGGGAGCUAUUCCUUUCAAUAUAUGGGGAGACAUUCCUUUCAAUAUAUGGUGAGACAUUCCUUUCAAUAUAUGGGGAGCUAUUCCUUUCAAUAUAUGGAGAGCUAUUCCUUUAAAUAUAUUGUGAUUUAUUCAAUAUAUAAAAGACAAUUUCCAUGAAGUACCACAAGAAGGGGAUCAAGUUGGAUACAAUUUCUUUUUAACUUGGUAUCUUUUAAUGAUCGUUCUGAGAGCGAAUCCAUCAAGUCCUUGGGAA